UUGAAGACGAUCUAGGAUGCAAGGAGUUGACAAGAAUCGUUCCGGGGGAGAGGAAGAAACGCACCGUCGCGUCGAGGCGCAACAAUGUCGAGAGUCGCGUCGGUGUCCCGUGAGAGAAGCCGAUGUCGCGCGGGGAGCAACGCGGGGGAGGCAACUCCCGGCAUAGCAUAAAGGUGACUCCUCGCAGCCAACAUCUCCCAUAUGCUACUUAGCGUUCCGUUCGGUUCGGCAAACCUCCUGUCCGCUAGCAGAGAGAAGGUGUCCGUUCCUUUCUUCGCCAAUAAGAAUCGUUUGUCGCGAACACUUAACCGUACGUUCGAUCGAUGUUCCACGUUGCUGUCGGGAUAUCCUCGAUACUAAAUCCAGGACUGUCGUCGUGUUUCGAGUUUGCCAUCGAGAAAAGUCAAGCGUAAACGUUCUCCAAAGUCUGAACGGGAAAGCAUAGACGAAGACGAUGACGAGAAACGUUCCGUUCCUCUUCUUGGCAUUGCUGUUCCUGUCGAAUCGGUUCGACGCACGCGGUCAUCCGAGCGGCUUCCCCGAGAACGACGAAGGCGACGAGGAAGAACUCGCCGAUUCUUGGUUUCUGGCUGAUUUGAACGACGGAAGCGAGCACGACACUCGCCGAGAUGAAGCACUGGAGAAAUUGCAACAGGUCCUUGGUAUCCGAAGUAACGGGGAGAAAACGGGACGUCGUAAGAUACCUCCUCAGUUUAUGAUGGAAUUGUACAAUAACGUGGCUGAUCCGAGCGGUGUCACGCGUGGUAGAAAUCCGUACAAUGCCAAGGUUGUCCGCAGUUUCAUCGAAAGAGAUACAUCCAUGUCGCGUUUCUAUUUCUUCAACAUUACGGGGUUGGAAGUGAACGAAUCCGUGCUGGAGGCAGAGCUUCAUCUCUAUCGUAAGAGGACACCCUUGAAAUCCAUGCAUCAAUCUACUUUGACAUAUCCUUACUACUUGAUAAGAGUGUAUCAAGUGUUGGACGAGAGAAGCCUUGAUGAGCCGGAUCUUCACAGGCUAUUGAAUGUCAGAUAUGUCGGCGCACACGCGUCUGGUUGGCAGAUAUUCAACGUGAAGCAAGCAGUUCUUGCUUGGUUAACCGGUGAACCGAAUCUAGGCCUUCUGGUAACAGCCUCCACCUUAUCCGAGGAUCAAGUGAGCGUGGAGUUUUAUCGUCGUAACGAUUAUCAUCACAGCAAGCAACCGAUUUUGGUGUUGUUCGACGACGACGGGAAAAAUCAUCGCGGUGACAAGAAGACGGUCCCCCGUUAUUAUACCUACGGUAACAACAACGAAAUCGAAGGAGAAGUGUCUUACAACGAUGACGAGGAGAAGAUUGAUCUGAAGAACGACAAAAGUUUGGAGAAACGAAAAGGUCAACCGGAAGAAGCUCGAUGGCCGAGCGAGAACAACUCUGAAUUUUUCCAGAGACAGAAAAGAACACAGGAAGGAGAGUCUGACACAGUGACGGAAGCUGCCCGAGAGAAACAGCAUGCCGAAGAUGCAUCCAGAAGACGACGUAGAGGAAUCUCCAAGGAGAAACUGCAAGACGAAACGUCCCAGGGGAUGUUAACGUCAAUGGACAUUUAUAAAAGAGCGAUGCAUCGGGAAAUGCUCGGAGAAACUAUUCUUCAGAGAGCGGUAUCUCGAUCCAGUGAGGAGCAUCGAGGAAAACGAUCUAUCAAAAGUCACGCCUCUGUUCAACAAAAUGUUACCGAAUGCUCGAGGCACGAGCUUUACGUGGAUUUUAAAGAAAUUGGUCUGUCUUCGUCUAUCAUUGCCCCGGUUGGUUAUUCAGCUUAUCACUGCAAAGGUAUCUGCGAAUCGCCAUUGAGCCAGGAUCAACAACCAACUAAUCACGCGACCAUCCAAGGAAUCGUUCACAAAAUGGGCCUGGUGAAAGGGGUCGAAAGACCAUGUUGCGUACCCACCAAACUUCUCGACACCACCAUACUCUUCUUCGACGACCACGAGAACGUUGUUUUGAAAAAUUACCAAGACAUGAUCGCAGAUCGUUGCGGAUGUCAUUAACACCCUGCCUACUUGCUCGCAGAUGAUAAUGGACCAGUAUAUUGGCUUCCGGUUGGUAAUUUGUUAAGUACCUUGCCGUUCAGAGUUCGUGGGACGAGUUGUUCUGUUCUUUUCCGCUGAGGAAGGAAGGAGAGACACGUCCUUUCUUCUUCUAGCUCAUCUUUCGCUGAAAAAAGCAGUAGUUCGAGGAAGUCACAGUACGUUAAAAGAUGUUGAAAGAAAUGAGGAAUGCGUGUGCGUGUGCAAGAAGAUUGGAAUGUGUGUGUUAAAGAAUGCAUGUAUCACGUAAAAAGCAAAACAAAAAAAAAAACAGAAGAAAAAUGGUAAUUUUACGUAUUAGUACGAGAGUCAUUCCUAGAGAUUCAUGUGACGUCCCAACUUUUGUACAUAAGAACAUUCCUGAAACUCGCGUAGGAUCAUACCUUAUCAAUAAUUAUCACGUGUCUAUAUCGUAUCCUGUAUCGUCAUUAAAUUAUUAUAAUCACACGUAGGGAAUUAGUCGAAUUGAACAUUGUAUAUAAUGAUGUAUCUGAAACGUUAGAGUUAUUUAUAUUUUAAUUACGACAAAUAAAACAAGUAUUUAAGCUGA